AUGGCUAAGGAGUGCACAAACAUUCCUACUGAUAUAUCAAGACCAGAACUAGCAUCACUGUCACACACACUUCGAUCCCACCUCUUCUCUACUAACAAGCAGCAUGAAAUGCAUUUGACACCAACUGACAAUUCGGCUUGGUCAAAUUUGGCAUCCAACACCGUAGAUAAACGGGGUUGGGAUAUAAUGUAUCAAAAAAUUAAAAAUAAAGCUGUGUUUAAUGUGUCCAAUGACAUUCUCCAGGAAGUGUCGUUGCAUGCUGUGAGAUUGGCUCCAAAUUCAAUGCAUUGGCAAGCACAGCAAACGAAUUUGGAGUACCUGUUGAUGUUGAAUGUGGAUAACUUGGUUUGGAGCUUUAGGAAGACGGCCGGUUUGCCAACACCUGGGAAGCCAUAUGGGGGGUGGGAAGACCCAAGUGAAGAACUUCGGGGUCAUUUUGUAGGGCAUUUCUUGAGUGCAACAGCAAAAAUGUGGGCUAGCACUCACAAUGAAACCAUUAGACAGAGAAUGACAGCAGUGGUGAAUGCUUUAUCUGCCUGCCAGGAGAAAAUUGGCACCGGAUAUCUUUCAGCUUUUCCGUCUGAGUUUUUUGAUCGUUUUGAAGCUAUAAAGCCUGUUUGGGCUCCAUAUUACACAAUUCACAAGAUCUUGGCAGGCCUACUUGAUCAACAUACAUUUGGUGAAAAUGCUCAAGCUUUAAAAAUGGUGACAUGGAUGGUUGACUAUUUUUACAAACGUGUUCAGAAUGUGGUAACAAAAUACAGUAUAGAAAGGCACUAUACAUCACUUAAUGAAGAAUUUGGUGGCAUGAAUGAUCUCCUUUACAGGUUAUAUACCAUUACGAGAGAUCCAAGGCAUUUGAUAUUGGCUCAUUUAUUUGACAAACCCUGCUUUCUAGGACUCCUUGCAGUACAGGCUGAUGACAUAUCUGGAUUUCAUGCCAACACACAUAUCCCAGUUGUUAUUGGAUCUCAAAUGCGGUAUGAAGUCACUGGUGAUCCACUUUAUAAGGCAAUAGGGACGUACUUCAUGGACGUUGUUAACUCUUCACACAUCUAUGCCACAGGGGGGACAUCAGAGUCAGAAUUCUGGACUGACCCGAAGCGAUUGGCAGAUACCCUAGACACUGAAACUGAAGAAUCAUGCACAACUUAUAACAUGUUGAAGGUCUCUCGCCACCUGUUUACAUGGACCAAAGAAGUGGCAUAUGCAGAUCAUUAUGAGCGCGCCUUGAUAAAUGGUGUUCUAAGCAUCCAAAGAGGGACAGAACCUGGAGUGAUGAUUUACAUGAUCCCACUAGGUCAUGGAGCUUCCAAGGCCGUCUCCUACCAUGGAUGGGGAACACCGUUUGACUCUAUGUGGUGUUGCUAUGGCACAGCAACUGAAUCAUUCUCAAAGCUAGGAGAUUCAAUAUAUUUUGAAGACAAAGUAAAGGGUCCAGCUCUUUACAUCAUCCAGUACAUAUCAAGCUCAUUUAAUUGGGAAUCUGGACAAAUUUUGCUCAAUCAGACAGUUCUUCCUGUUGUUUCCUCAGAUCCAUACCUUCGAGUGACAUUCACAUUUUCUUCAGUGAAGGUACUGGGGGCAGGCCAAUCCUCUACCUUGAACUUGAGGAUACCAAUUUGGACAAGUAAUGCUAAUGCAUCAAUAAAUGCUCAGAGUUUGACUGUACCAGCUCCAGGUAAUUUCCUAUCGGUCACUAGAAAAUGGGGACCCGGUGACAAAUUAACACUUCAGCUGCCCAUUAAUUUGAGAACAGACGAUAUUAGAGAUGACCGGCCUGAGUAUGCUUCUCUUAAGGCCAUACUUUAUGGCCCUUAUCUGCUUGCGGGUCACACCACUAGUGACUGGGACAUCAAAACUGGAUCAGCUAAGUCUUUGUCAGACUGGAUAACUCCAAUCCCUGCUGCCUACAAUGCUUAUUUGGUUUCACUUUCUCAAGGGUCUGCAAACUCAAGUGUUGUCUUAACCAACUCAAUAAAAUCACUUACAAUGGAAAAAACACCUCCACCUUUCAACACUUCUGCUGCUAGAGCCACUUUCAGACUCAUCCUAACUGACUCACCUCCUCCAAAGUUUUUGACACUUCAAGAUGCUAUCAACAAGUCAGUCAUGUUAGAACCAUUCGAUUAUCCAGGAAUGGUUGUGGCGACCAAAGGCAAAGAUAAACAAGUUCAAGUUGCAGCCUCUCCUGUUCGCGGUGGUUCCUCUGUUUUCCGGGUGGUUGCAGGAUUGGAUGGAAGGCCUGGGACAGUAUCAUUGGAGUCAGAAGGCUACAAGGGUUGCUUUGUGCAUAAUAGUGGUGAGAAAUACCGUACAGGUACAAUCAUGAGGCUCGGCUGCAAGUCAGGCUCAUCAGGUGCCAAUUUUAAUCAGGCUGCUAGCUUUGUAAUGGAAAAGGGACUAAGUGAGUAUCAUCCUGUCAGCUUUGUGGCAAAAGGGGCUCAGAGGAAUUUUCUUCUGCAACCAUUAAUGAGCUUCAAGGAUGAAUUUUAUAAUGUCUAUUUUAACAUUCAAGCUUAACUAGUUUGGUGUGAGAGUGGGAGGUCCUUUACAAUAUGUACCCUUGCCUCCUUGCUAUUUUGCUACUUUUUCAAGUUCAACAAGUUACGUGUACUGUUGGACCUGUAAAAUUAUGUAACACGAAUGAAGAGAAAUAAUAUGUCAACUUCAAAUGAUCAUUUUUGUGAUCA